UCGAAAUUCGAAACAACGACCACAUCUCAUGUCAUUUAUAUCAAAGCCCGAAAUGUCAGAGCGAUUACAUAAACACGACGAUAUAGGCAAAAGAAAAUACGACGUUUUGUAUCUUUUGCUGAAAACCAAAAAGAUUUAAACAAAAAUGUUUAAAAUCGCAUUGAAUGGUGGUCCGCAAGCGGUCAAAUUGUUGGGAAAUUUUAUGCAGAAUGGUGCGGUUGUCACAUCGAUGCAAUGCAAUCCAGCGUUGAAAAAUUUCGUUCGCGGUGAAAAAACGAUGCAAGUGGUUGAUCCAGCAAAUCCACCGCCAAAACCUGGAUACUCACCAUUUGGUAAUAAACAAGCAUCGGUGGCUGAAUGGGGUGUCGCACGUUUGGAUGAUUUAAUGAAUUGGGGACGAAAAGGUUCAGUUUGGCCAUUGACAUUCGGUUUGGCCUGUUGUGCCGUCGAAAUGAUGCACACAGCUGCUCCACGGUAUGAUAUGCAUCGAUAUGGUAUCGUCUUCCGUGCAUCUCCACGGCAAGCUGACGUUAUCAUUGUUGCUGGUACGCUUACAAAUAAAAUGGCACCUGCUCUACGAAAGGUCUACGAUCAAAUGCCCGAACCACGCUAUGUCAUUUCAAUGGGCAGUUGUGCAAAUGGUGGUGGAUACUAUCAUUAUUCAUAUUCAGUUGUACGUGGAUGUGAUCGUAUUAUUCCCGUUGAUAUUUAUGUACCCGGAUGUCCACCGACUGCAGAGGCACUUCUGUAUGGCCUUCUCCAAUUACAAAAGAAAAUCAAACGCAUGAGAACACUUCAAAUGUGGUACCGUAAAUAGACAUCGAUAUCAUCUUUUUUUGGUUUUUAUUAUGUAAAAAAUAAACUUAAAUAAUAUGCUAAAACAAUACA